AAAAUGUCACUUAUCAGCGGACAGUAGAGGGGAGAGAGCAAGAGACCGAACCGGGUACAGUAAUCAAUUUUCUGUGUUAUGUUUUAAACCUAAAUGCAUUCGCAGAUACCCGGUUCGUCUCGAGCUUCGGCGGCGGAGGAAUGAUCCGCCUAAUAUAUUCACACGUCAAAAUUAAAGGAGGAAGAUGGUCAUCAUGGCAACCACGGUGAACCCUGAGCCCCUUACUGCCCUCUCUCGGUGGUACCUGUAUGCCAUCCAUGGCUACUUCUGCGAAGUCAUGUUCACGGCUGCCUGGGAGUUUGUGGUCAACUGCAACUGGAAGUUUCCUGGUGUGACGAGCGUCUGGGCACUCUUCAUCUACGGGACAUGCAUUCUGAUUGUAGAACGCAUGUAUCUGUGUCUGCGGGACCGAUGCAACGUCCUUCUCCGCUGCAUCAUUUACACAUUGUGGACAUACUUCUGGGAAUUUGGGACAGGUCUGCUACUAACGCAGUUCAACGCUUGUCCCUGGGACUACUCUGAGUUUAAAUAUAAUUUCAUGGGCCUGAUCACGGCAGAGUACGCCGUGCCUUGGUUUUGUGCCUCGUUCAUUGUAGAGCGCCUAGUGAUACGCAACACACUGCGAUUGUGCUUUGACGAUGUCACCAAGCCUGGCCAGUCGGAACAGUUGGAUAGAGUUGGAGGAAGAGGAGGACGAAGAGGAAGAGGGACCAGUGGAGGGGCCACCAGUACUUAUGGGUACGUGAAAUUGGAUUGAGGCAAGUUGGCCACUUUCCACAUCUCAAAAGCUGAGUUUAUCGCAACCCUGUCCCAUCACCCACAACUCUUAUCCUCACAUCUAUCAAUCAUUGUCCUACAUGCUUUUGGGGAAAGAUUUGCUCAGAAACAGCUGGCGUGGACAAAAGACAAUUGGAUGAGGAACUGUCUGGUUUCAUCUUUUGUCCAGCUGGCACUUCCCCUAAUGUGGAGAAACAUUUCUUCACUAGAAUAAUGCCCAAAACUCACUGACCUUACUUUAGCCAAAAGCAAGCAGCUGUUCUAGGUUUGUCAGUAAGAGUGGCACCUGGUAACAAACAGAGAAUUAACCCUGCACCUAUCCCAGUACCAUGCAUCCCCAACCAGUCCAACCACUUCGGAAACUCUGGGAGGGGACAAAUGAGUAGCGCUUCUUCAAGAAUGCCAUCUCAAUAAUACGGAAACCCGGAACACAGACACAUCACUUGUAGAGAGAAGAAAGGAAAUAUUUCAAGUGCUUUUACGAAGCAAAUCCUUUUUAGAAUAUAAAUAGUGUCCAUAAUGUAUACAGUAUGUAGUAGCAAAAACUGUUAGGACAAAAGCAAACCUAAAUGUAGUUAAAGGGACAGUUCCCCCAAAAAUGAAAAUUCUCUCAUCGUUUACUCACCCUCAUGCCAUCCCAGAUGUGUAUGACUUUCUUUAUUCUGCUGAAGGCAAAGAAAGAUUUUAAUAAGAAUACAUCAGCUCUAUAGGUCCAUACAAUGCAAGUGACCAGACAUUUUAAACUACAAAAAUCACAGAAAGACCUAAUAAAAGUAAUCCAAAAGACCUCAGUGAAAGAAUGUGAAAGUGAAUUUAUAGAUUUAUAGUAAAAAAAUACUUUUGAUCUGUUUCUCACCCUCACAUAUAUGACUUCUGAAGACAUGGAUUUAACCACUGGAGUUUUAUGGGUUAUAUUUAUGCUGACUUUAUGAGAUUUUUGGAGCUUGAAAGGUCUGGACAACAAUCACUUGCAUUGUAUGAACCUACAGAGCUGAAAUAUUCUUAUUAAAAUCUUUGUUUUGGUGCUGUAGAAGAAGGAAAAAAAACAUUUGGGAUGGCAUGAGGGUGAGUAAAUGAUAAGAGGAUUUUCAUUUUUAGGUGAACUAUCCCUUUAAGAAAUUUAAUGAUUAUCAUAUAUAAAAUAUUGUAUUGUAUGUACUCUAUACCUUAAAGCAAUGACUUGUACUUGAGUUUUUAUAUUCAUUAACAUGCAUGAGCGUUGUCUUCCAAGAACACUUUAAUUUCUUCCAUUUUGUUUCCUCAUGUGGUUUAACACAUACUGUAAUAUGUUUUACACAUAUAGAGUGCGGGUGCUUUUUUAUUGAUGCUAUAACAAACAUCAUGGUACCUUGUGAUUACACUGUUGUAUGGAUGUGGAAAUGAAGUGAACUGGUGCUAGAUUCUUAUCGUCAUUUUGAUCUGAUGAUGGUCACAAUAAAGGCAUUUAUGUAAGUAGAUCUACAGACCUCAGGAAUGUAUACAUUAAAGAGAUAGGUAAAAAAAAAAAACAAGAUCUGUAAUUAUUAACUCACCCAUGUGUUGUUCCUUCCAAUCCCGUAUUACUUUCUUUGCUUUGUGGAACACAAAAAGAGAUAUUAGAAUUUUUUUUAGCCUCAGUCACCAUUCACUGUCAUUGUAUAGAAUGAUGCAAUGAAAGUUGUCUUAACAUCUCCUUGUGUGUUCCUUUUGAGUCAUGGGUUUGGAUCAACAUGAAGGUGAGUAAAUUAUGACAGAAUUGUCAUUUUUGGGUGAACUAUCUCUUAAAGCAUUUCACAUCCACAUUAUAAUCUCUCAUAUGUCAUGAAAUAAUGGAAAGAGACUGGAAGAAAUACUGUGGCCCUAUAACUCAAAAUGUCAACAUACAUAAAAAAAUUCAUCUUUUAAGUUAAGUAUGGCAUUGGAGCAUAUUUAAGCUACUGUUUGCUUCACUGGCUUGGUAUUGCCUGCAUGGUAACUUACUGUUACAGAUUAUUCAUUUUCCAGAAAGUUUGUUAAACAUCUGUUCUGUUGUUACUAACCAAACAUAAAUGUAUUAAAACCACAGGUAUCACACCUGUCCAAAAUAUAUAUUUUUUUCAAUUAUUCUGAAAUAAAAUAUGAAUAUAGAUGUAAAAUUGGGAACAUUUUAGAGAUGACUGUUAUGCUUGUAUCAUGUGACGUGUGCUAUAUCCUGCUAGGUCUAAAGUGAUUAAACUAACGUGUUCACCUGGCAGGUGAUAAAAUGAAUGAAAAACCAUAUUUAUAUUGAAUGAGGAUAAGCACUAGAGGGACUAUAGGCUCAGUGAAUAUUGAUGCUAACUAACACCCCUGGAGUCACCAGUUCAAAUGCAGGGUGUGCUGAGUGACUCCAGCCAGGUCUCCAAAGCAACCAAAUUGGCCUGGUUGCUAUGGAGGGUAGAGUCACAUGGGGUAACCUCCUAGUGGUCGUGAUAAGUUCUUGCUCUCAAUGGGGCGCGUGAUAAGUUGUGCUUAGUUCGUGGAGAGUAGCAUGAGCCUCCACAUGCUGGCAGUCUCAAAAAUCAAAGUGCACGACAAAUGGAGUUGAUUCCCAAAAGAAAGAACCGAUUCUGAACACCUGAAACGGCUGUGUCUAUUUUCGAAUGCUGCGUGCUAGGUAGGACGUGUCCUUUGAAGGCUGCAGUAUCCAAGUGUCCUCAUUUAAACAAGUCUCGUUUAAACGAGAUAGCCUUCAUAGGACAAACGGGACAUAACAUGUUGCUAUGACAGCACGCCACUCGUUAACAAGCGCAAGCGCAUUGAGUGAGAAGGGAACAAAGUCUGAGGUGCUCUUUAGGAGAGUAAUAAUGAUGUAAAGAG